AUGGAUGCGCAUUGCGAAGAACUCGCCCACGUCAGCUACACGAACUUCGCGCUCUCUCUCCUCAUUCUCGUCGGCAUCCUCAUCUCCUACCUGCCGCAGCACGUGCGGAUCAUCCGCCUGCGCUCCUCGUAUGGCCUAUCGCCCUACUUCGUCCUGCUAGGCACCACGAGCGGAACAUGCGCUUUUGCGAAUAUUCUCGUGUUGCCGCGCUCGAGGGCAGACAUUGCAUGCUGUCGGCAGGUCGAUGAGUUUGCGUGCCUGGCGGGGCUGUUGGGCGUCGCGCAGGUGGGCGUACAGUGGUCGUGCUUUGGAGUUAUCCUCCUCCUAUUCCUCAUCUUCUUCCCGCGCGGCGAAGUGGCACCCUCUGCGCUCGACGCCGCCGAUGACAGCGACGAGACGGCUGCGACCAUAUCAGAUCCACCCCCCGCGCUCGGAAUCACGAAAUCGAUACCCGCCGACUCGGACUCGGUGGCCCUCGCACCGUCGUACCGCACCGCACUCGUCGUUGUCGCCGUCUGCGUUCUCCACGCCGCCCUGACCGCCAUCCUAAGCUUCUUCUUCAUCUACGCGGCGCCCCAGCACGCCCAGUCGUGGGCCAACUUCCUAGGCGUGCUCUCCACCGUGCUCGCCAGCAUCCAGUACUUCCCGCAGAUCUACACCACGUACCGCCUCAAACGCGUCGGCAGCCUCAGCAUCCCCAUGAUGUGUAUCCAAACGCCGGGGAGCUUCGUGUGGGCGGGAUCCCUGGCCGCGCGGCUGGGUCCCGAGGGCUGGUCCGCCUGGGGCGUCUACCUUGUCACUGGCUGCUUGCAGGGCUGUUUGUUAGUUAUGGGGAGUUAUUUCGAAAUCACGCGGCGGAGGAGGGAGAGGGAAGAAUUGAAGAGACGUAUCGAGUAUAAUACGAGUGUGGAUGCGUUGGUGGAACCGGAAGUUGUGGAGGAAGAGCAGGACCAGGACCCCUCAGAGCAUACGCCGCUGCUUAGAGCGGAUUGA